UAUAUAUAUAUAUAUAUAUAUAUAUAACAGUGAUAAUCGUGUUUCGUGUAUAACGACAAUGGUGAACCGAUCGAAAGCCUCGUGAAUAUUGUGAUUAUUGUGAGGAUGAUACAUACACGUUUGUCUUAAACGAUAUUUUCGUGGCAGGGAUCAGUGUUAAUAAGUGUCUUUCGAACGUGUUUUUAUUUAAAAAAAGGAAGAAAAAGAAAAAGAAAAAAGGAAAGGAGGAAAAAGACAGAAGAAAAAACAGAUAAGUGUUGGUGAACGAAAACGAGAAAAUGUGCCGACGGGGUUAACGGUAUAUCAACGAAGGAUCGAAGUGAGAACCGUCUUUGUGCUUAGGAUAACGUUUGAUAGCAUUGUCGAUAGCUGUGAAAUCCACUGGUGAAUCCUUGAUAGGGAUGUUCAUUGAAAAAUAAUAAUAAUAAUAAUAAUAAAAGAGCAAAAAAUUUUGAAAAUAAAAAAAGAUUCCUUCUUGCUUCUCAUUUCGACGUAUAACGUCAAUGUGAUUGGAACGUUCGAAGAUUUUUAAGUUCGAAAGAAGAACAAGAAGAACAAGAAGAACAAGAAGAACAAGAAGAAGAAGAACAAAAAAAAAAGAAAAAGAACAAGAAGAAAGAAGAACUUUCAUUAUUCUUAAAGGAACAUACGAGAAGAGAGGAUUCCUUACUUGCCAAGUUGGCCGACCUACUCGUUGAUACUCAUUUCGAAUUCUAUAUUGGAAAAGAUUGAAGCAGACUUUCCCUGUGGAAAAAUAUUUCUCUCUCUUUCUUUCUCUCUCUCUCUCUCUCUCUCUCUCUCUCUCUCUAUCUAUCUCUAUCUAUCUCUAUCUAUCUCUAUCUAUCUCUAUCUAUUCUACCAUUUUGUAAUUUCAUGAGAAUUUUUAUUAGAACAAAUCGAUCUGAUCGCCCUACGAGAAACGCUAUAAUCAUCAAUUACGAUUACUAGCCUACCAAUCUUGAUCAAUAUUUGAUAUCGAUAAAAGAAAAAAAACGAAAAAGAAAAGAGAACGGGAUCAUCCAUUCGAUAUCCUAUUAUCAUUAUCGUUAUCAGGAUCGUCGUGUAUUAUCCGGAGGUGCUAAUGAAGGCAUCGUUGUUACGGAAGGGUCAACGAAAAGAGAAUAAUCGAUAAUUCUCGAUAUUCAUCGCAAAUCGUACGAGUUAUCUACACUGAUCAAAAGGAAGAACUCAAAUGAAUGAUAUUUUUAAAUAAACACUGCCAAAGAUGUCAAAUACGACAAUUCGACGAACAAAUUUAAAGUGAUAGCGAUUUUCUUUCGCUUCUUCGACAAAGAAAACGACGUGGAAGAACGAAAUCAUUGAAAUGAGCCUAAGAUAGUAUACAUAUAUACAUAUAUAUACAUAUGUUAUAUACAUACAUAUUUCUAUUAUAUACACGCGAUGUCCGAUAUGUGAAAAAGCCUCGGCCUUGAGGAAAAGAGAUGUCUACUUCUCUUCGCAUAUUCGUCACUCUUAUCAUUUCUUUUGGCGCCAUGGUAUCCUCUUCGCGAAACUUUCGUACCGACUUCUUGGAGGAAUGGCCUACACCAGGUACCGCGCCCAUUUUCGACUCUUCCAUGCAAUCGAACUUCACCGGCUUAGUGGGCAAAACCGUGCAUCUCGUCUGCAAAGUCAAGAACUUGGGAAACCGUACGGUGUCAUGGGUGAGACAUCGAGAUGUACACUUGUUAACAGUUGGUCGUUACACUUACACGAGCGAUCAACGUUUCGAAGCUCAACACUUUCCACAUACCGAAGAUUGGACUUUAAAGAUACGAUAUCCACAACGUAAAGAUUCCGGGAUUUACGAGUGCCAAAUCUCGACGACACCACCUGUAGGACGUACUGUACAUCUGACUAUAGUCGAACCAGUUACUAUCAUAGUCGGUCAACCAGACCUUUUCGUUAACAAAGGAAGCACGAUCAAUUUAACUUGCAUCGUUAGAUAUGCUCCGGAACCACCACCGAUGAUGGUCUGGAGCCACAAUAGCGGAAUUAUCAAUUUUGACUCGCCUCGAGGUGGCAUCAGCUUGGUUACGGAAAAGGGCCCCGAAACUACGAGUCGUUUGAUGAUUCAAAAAGCCGUUCCGAGUGACUCUGGGAUUUACACUUGUGAACCGAGCAAUGCGAAUCCGAGCAGCAUAAAGGUCCACGUUGUUAAUGAAGAGCAUCCAGCCGCGAUGCAUCAUGGUGAUGGGAGUUCUUCAUAUGCUACGACAAAACCGACUUGUUUUAUAAUUUUAAUAAUGGCCAACGUGAUGUUUAUAUGAAUAGUAAAUAUGAACAAAAUCGGAGAAAAUAAAAAUAAUAGGAGUAAGAAGAAAAAGAAGAAGAAAAAGGAGAAGGAAAAAAAUGGGGAGUGGGUGAACGUUUCGUUAAAAAAGAAAAAAGAAAGAAAAUAACAAACGUAACGAAAAAAAGUCAGAAAAACAUGUCGAGAGAUUUAAUUAAAGAAAUAAUAAAAAGUAUUCGUGCAGGGUAAAAAGCGAACAUUACCGUUUAAACGUUUACGACUUGUGACCAAAGUGUUUCGAAAAUAUCAGCACGGCACAAUAAUCGAUUAAGAGCGUAGUAUUUUGUUAAUAUACAUAUGAAUAAAUAAAUAAAUAAAUAAAUAAAUAAAUAAAUAAAUAAAUAAACAAAUAAAUAAAUAAAUAAAUAAAUAAAUAAAAUAUAUAUAUAUUAUAUAUAUAUAUCUCGUCGAAGAACGAAACGUAACUCAACAAGGCGUCAAAAACUUUAUUGUAUUAUUUGUAAAUAAAUUUAUUGUAUGUACAUAUCAAUAAAACGAUUCUCUUUAUCGUA